UCGUGUCAGAUUCUCUCUUUUAUUAUUUAUAUAUCAUAAUUUAAUAUUGUUAGAUAAAAUUGUUAAUAUAUUAUUGGUCCAAAUGGUCUUUGUAUAUGAAUAAUAGUUGACACCCUAUUUUAGCAGCCCGCUACACCUCCUAUUCUUUGCAUCAGACUGAUCUAUGCCUAUUCAGUUCCCCAAUUUGAAUUCUUAUUGAGUCGCAUUAUCUCUUGUCUGUGCAAUGUAUGAGUAUCCUUUUCUAUCUCAUUUCCUUUGCUAAUAAGGCCAAAAGUACACCUUGUUAUAUAGGCAGACCGAGGGCUGUUCCUGUACAUAUGGAUGUACAGGAAGCUCCGUACGGACAAAGCCAUCCGAGGCCCUUCCCGGUCGAAUUUUUUAAUGAAAUUUUUUGAGCAUGUUCUUCAUCAAGUCUAGUUUAGCCAUACCAAAUUUCAGCUUAAAACUCGAUCGGGAAGGGAGUCAAAUAAAUUCUUGAAAUAUACUGCACAUUAUAUGUGCGCAGAAUGCGCCAUAUAUUUCAAGAAUUUAUUUGACUGUUUUCCCGAUUGAAUUUUGAACUGAAAUUUGGUAUGGAUAAACUAGACUUGAUGGAGAACAUGCUCAAAAAAUUUCAUCAAAAAAUUCCACCCGGAAGGGCCUCUAAUGACUUUGUCCGUAUGGAGCCCCCGUACAUCCAUAUGUACAUGAUCAUUCCUCUAGGCAGACCCGUGCUUCUAAUUGAGACAAGCCAGACUUUCAUGUGUUGAAUUAGUCUUCUUCCUGGCCGAGUGCAUUUCCUAGUGAGUUUUUCCUUCAUCUUUGUGAGGCUAGAAGUGUGAGUGUAGGCGUGGCUAUCUAGAGAAGUUGCUCCCUUAGCUUAGGAGUGCACAAGAGACAAUCGGAAAACCGAGCUCCGGACUGCCUGAGUCAGAAUAUGGCAACGGAAUCGAUCCUCAACAGUGGUAUCAGAGACGGGGUUGUCGUCGUCUCGUUUUCGCCAAAUUCCGCCGGCCGGAGGUCACCAACAGUCAAGCUUCAUCGUCUUCUCACAGGAGCUCACUGUUUCGUCCACCAGAGAUUGAAACCGCUGGAGCUCUGCUCGUGACUCGCCCAGACCCCUCACGCUAGAAAUCGACCGUUGAUUUCCUUUCCGCCGCCGUACGCCGCCGUACACCGCCGAUUUAAGGUCUGGAAAGCCAUCGCCGGAAGUCGCUACUGUCCAGCAGAGAGAUUGUUGUCGCAUGGAGGUCAUAGCUCGCGGAUAAGUUUGUCACUGGAGCCGCCGCCUUCCGUCGCUGCAGGUCGCCGUCCCAGAGCUCGUCCUUAUCCGUUUUUGUCUUGGUCGCAGAGAGAACGAGCUGUACCUAGACGUGGAUCUCUCGCUCAGAAGCAGAGAAUAGAGGACCUGGGCUUCAAAUCAUUGGGCUACAACUCAAUUGGGUUGGACGCUGGUCAAAGCAGAGGAGUCUACUUCGCUGGACAAAGAAGAAUCCCAGAAGCUCGUGGUUCGUCACUCUCCUGGGAGCUGGAGGACUGAACAUUGAGGCUGGAUUUGGAAUGCGAGACACAGUACGUGAUACCUUUCUGCUGCUGGACUUGGGAUGUACCUUCAGGGCUGCUCAGUUGCUGAACUGCUUGACUUUGAGUUGCACUUGGAGCUUGAUAUUGGGGUUGGACUUGGAGCAGAGAAGAGACUUGGUCAAUUGCUCAGUCAACUUGGUCAAAACUCGGUCAACGUCCGUCAAGGGACGUCAAUAGUCUGAAAAAUCUCAAUUUUUAAAUUGGGUGGGUAAGGUCCAAACACUCUCCUAGUGUUUGGCUGUCGUAAGUCUUCUUUAUCCGAAAUUUCAGUUUCUGCUUUUCAAUUAUUUUAAAUUGUUAGAAUUUGUUGUUGAUUUAAUAUUUGCUAGAUUGUAUUUAUUUGUGCUAAUGUUAGCCCUAUAAAUGUUAAGUUGUUUUUUAGCUAAAGUUUCAUUUUAUUUUUUCUUGUUUAGUUUUUCUGUGUGAAAAUGUCUGCUUUUAAUCAGUAUGGAAUAGCUCCAUUUAAUGGAAAAACUGAUUUUAGCAUAUGGAAACAGAAAAUAAAGUGCAUAUUAAUUCAACAAAAAUCAUAUAGGGCCAUUAGUGAGACCUAUUUGACUUCCGAUACGGAAGAGAAAAAAGCAGAAAUGAAUGACAAUGCUUGUUCUACAAUUUACUUGAACUUAUUUGAUUGUGUGCUCAGAAAAGUAGGAAUUUUAGAAUCAGCUAAAUCUGUGUGGAAUAAACUUGAAGAGCUUUAUAACGUAACCUCUUUGCCUAACCGGAUGUUUUUACUUGAGAAGUUCUUCAAAUUUAGACUAGAUAUGUCUAAGGAUAUUGAAGAAAAUCUAGAUGUUUUUACCAAACUUAUUUCGAAUAUUAAGUUGUGUGGUGAUAAGCAUAUAGAUGAUUAUUUCCCUAUUUCUCUUUUAAAUGCUAUUCAUGAUUCCUUUGUGAGGACAGUACUAGAGGUCUGGAUAGAGGUCUGAAGUAACUACCUCGGGGCCUAUGGGGCCGGGGUGUUACAGUGAGUUGCUAUUUUUUGAACCUCACAUAGUUCAAAAUUCCCAGUUUCAUGUUCACUCUCUUGCGAAGUUAAGUGAAGAGUUGGUCAAAUCUGGAAAGGCGGAACACUUUAAAAAGAUUACAAGAAUAAUUCAUCUUGUAUUGAGUUUACCCGUUUCGACUGCAACAAUAGAAAGAUCAUUUUCUACCUAAACAAGGGUGAGAAACAAGGAUAUUUAUAAAAGUAAAUGGCUGUUGGUAUGGGAAUGACAAGAGGGUUCCAUUGAUGUGCAAUAAUAAUGAAAUAAUAAAAAUAUACAUAUAUACUCCAUCUGGUAAUAAUUUACGUAGUAUAUAAAAUCAAUAUUAUGGGGUUGUUUGCUACCUGUAAAAGUACUUUAUUUCCCAAACUAGAAAAUCAAAAAGGAGACCUGGGAAACUACAAAACUGGAAGAAAAAACUCAAAACAGAAACAGAAAAAAUGACAAACCAAAAGCUAUAAAAACUGUGAAACAAAAGUCAAGAGCCCUAAGCUUUCCAGAUUUAGUGAUCAUCACCAAGACCAGCCCAUUAACUCAACCUACUUGUGGCAGGAUGCAUAAUGAAAUUUAAACAGUCAAAUAGUCGUCUAAAACUAGUUAAAAACAUAUCCAAUGCAAAAAUUAUGAGAUGGAAAAACAAAACUCAUCAUGUUGCAUUUUCCCACUUCUGCUGAUAGUGUCAUGAGAGGAUGAUAAAUUGUUGACAUAGUUGAUUUAGUGAUGUGUCUAAAAAUACUAAAAUCGAUAUUGCAACUCCCACCCUGCAUAAAAGGCUUCUAGGAAUCCACACACGGACAGAAGCGCUUUUCUUGGAAAAAGGAUAGAAACACACCUCAUUGUAAGAUGGAAGCGAUCACUAUCAUGAGACAAGUGCAUCCUGAAACGAAAAUAUGACCCUGAUGUAUAUUUAACAGUAAAAAUUGUGAAGAAGGCAUAUAUUUCUUCUAUGCUAGUCAAUUCCAACCCUCGAGUAUCUGCCCCUACCGUAAAAUUUUGACCUAGUAGGUCAAAUACGAAUUUUUAUCGUGUCCUAAUUUCAGCCCGAUCCGGCCCAGUUUUUACUACACAUUUUAUACGAGUGCAUAAUAGAUAGUAUUACUAAAGUUAGUGUCAUAAAUGUGUGUGUAUUAACGCAGAAACUAGUCUAGUUGAUUUUAAUAUUACAAUAAUAACAAUGUUGAAGUCAAAAUUAAUUGAAUGUCAUGAUAAGAUGGUUAAGUGUCUAGUAUCUGCUUGGUCAACACUUUAAACAUUGUUUAACAGUCUCUUCAGUCUAUGCAUAUAAGAAUGGCAGAACUAUCGAAUACGACCUCCAAAUAUUUCGGAAAAGUCAAUUAGCACCUUGUACAAAAUAAAGACCCAAUUGGAACCCUGAGCUUUUUAAAAAUUACCAAUUUCUCAUUUCAGCCGGUAACUAUCCGGUUUACUGGUUACCCCUUAAAAUAGCAAAUACGGAGUAUUAAACUGGUAUGUACGAGCGCCGCAUCAUCUGCCUCAUGCUUAUCUAGUUUUUCUAUUUCUUUAUUUCUCACGUUGGUCUCUACUCUUCAAACAGACCUAUGCCUCUUCUUCCUCUGUAAACCCUAGGACCUAGAGUCUAGAAGUUCGUCUGGUUUCCAUUGCCGAUACCAAAGAAGUUCUUUUCAAGUUAAUCAAUUAAUUAUUUUACUUCUAAUCUCUUUCCUUUGUAAAUAGCUAAAUGAUUGACACGGAACAGAUUUUCCCCAAAUCAAAGUUGCACCAUCUUUUUUUUGUUCAAAGAAUAAGGUCCCAACCAAGUACCAACUCAUCCCUGCAAGCGGUAACAUACCAGACGAGGAGAUAGAAAAUAAUUAUUUUUCCCCAUUGGAGUCUUGGAGAGGUGGUGAUAACGGAGCAUAGUUGGUUCCAGUGCAGCAACCGUAAUAAUAGUGGGUUCAAUCUGGUUUAGAAGAAACUGCAUGAUCUUGAUACAAACCUGAGCUUAUGGAAAGAGAACUAAUAGAAAUAAUACUGAAUAUUUUAAUAAGCUGUAAUAAGGAAGUGGGCCGGGCCAUAUAAUUAGUUAGAUUGAGGUGAAGCCUCUUUGGGAAAGAAUAAAUAGUAGGAUUAGAAGAGGGAGAGGCAUGGUUGGAUUUUGGGGAAAAUUGAGAUCUGGGAGAGAUAGGGGCCCUCUCGAGCUGGCCUCCAUUGUAUUCCUCUUGUUUUCUGAGACAUCAAUAAUAUUUUCAACUCCAAUUUUCCGCGUUCCUAUUAUUGGUAUCAAAGCAGUGACGAUCGAUCUAUCCGCGGAAGACCUUCAUCGAUCCAGGAUGGAGAAGCGACCGGAGAAGAUAGAGCGUGACCUGGCGGAGGUGAUUACAACGGUGGACGAGCUGCGCGACUUGCGCACAUCGUUGGAGGAGAUGCACGUCUUUCUGCUUCUGCAAGUCGCCGACGACCUAGGGGCCGAUUGAGGAACCCUAGGCGCCGUCGGAAUUCUGAAAACCAUGUCUCUUCAUCGUCGCAAACUUCAUCGCAAGCAGGAGAUCCCCGAUCACAGGCUUUGUCACUCACCGAUACUCACAGUUCCUCUUCUCGAGCGGCUUCUACCGGUUCGCAGGUGUCGUCGCAAGCUGUUUCUCCAAGUUCGCAAGCUUCAUCGCCCAGCUGAUUCUCAGGGGUCAAUGGCAGUCCUCGACUCGGUUGAGGGUAGAGUUCAACCGGAAACUUCUGAUAAUGGAGUGCGAAAUAUGAGGUUGAUUGGAGUGAUGGCCAAUCAUUGCUCAACGGGUGAACUGUCAAAUGGGGUUAAAGCAUUAUUUAGCUCAGUAUUUUCUGAUGAGCAGAUUAAAGAAGAUGAGAAUGCUGAGGUUCAGGGCAUGAACACAAAUUCUGCUACCGAUGAGGUAAUUGAUGCAGUACGGGACAUCUGGAAGGGAGAAGAGUUAACAUUUGAUCACAACUAUGUUCGCGUUUUGGGUGCUGUUGCAAAAACAGGUGUAGAGGGUACACCUCAGGAAAGCAUAGAAACAUAUGUUGCUAUUGAAGGCUUGAAAGAUACUGAAGACGAUGGAAUGUCACUAGAUACACCCUCUGCUACUGAAACCAUUAUGAUUUUGAGUACUAGGAAGGAAGAGGCGCCAAGAUAAAACUGAAUGGCAUGGCUGUUUCUUACUCCCCCACCUUGAGGACAAGGUGGUUGUCAAGGGGGGAGUGAUGAUAUGAGCCUGAGCUUAUGGCAAGAGAACUAAUGGAAAAAAUACUGAAUUUUUUAAUAAGUUGUAACAAGGAAGAGGGAGAGGCAGGCUUGGAUUUGGGAAAAAUUGAAAUCCGGGAGAGAUAGGGGCCCUCUCGAAUUGGCCUGCAUUGUAUUCCUCUUGUUUUCUACGAUAUCAAUAAUAUUUUCAACUCCAAUUUUCUCCGUUCUUAUCAGAUCUCCCCCUCUGCGGGUGUUGACUUUUGAACCUUCACCAAACCACUCCAAGCCUCCCAGAUCUUGUGGUUUCAAAUGAAGCGAGGCCAUAAUCAAUGAGAGUGGUGGUCAAACAGGUUCAGGGAGAGCUGGGAAUGGAAGAGAGAGGAAAUUGAUAUUUUAGCACACGCCACGUCAACAUCGAUAAGUAAGAUAACCGGAUGUUUUUUAGACAGCAGGCUGAAAAGAGAAAUUGCUUGUUUUUUUAGAGUUCAAGUGGUUAAUUGGGUAUUUCUUUUGUACGAGGUGUUAAUUGACUUUUUAGAAAUAUUUGAGGGGCCUAUUGGAUAGUUUUCCCAACAACAGAUGUAGUGGAUCAAUAGUACCCAAAAAGGUAUAAACCUUAAAGUGACACAAGCAAAUGAUACCAAGGGGUCUCUGAGCAAAAAAACUGUUCUCUGAAACAGCCCCAAGUUACACCUAAACGUUCUCACUUUUUAAAUAUUUAAAAAUUACUCAAUGAUCAACACUCAGAAAACUUCCAAUUGUACUCUAGCGUAGACAUACACAACCAAUAUGGUCUCUGAACUGAAGAGUGACAAGGUUGUCGCACUAGUGGUGGUGUGUGAAAAAGGAAAGAUUAAGAGAUGAUGCCCAUAAAUAUUUGUUUUCCUUUAUCUUUCAGAUUUUGUUUAUUUAUCUUCCAAGUGUUGUUGUUAGUUUGUCUUUCAGAUUUUGAGUUACUGGAACUAUAGAAAACCUGACUAAGUUGUUCAAUAUCAGCCGUCUAAAAUUGGAAUGUGGUUGCACCGCUGCAGUAACUACCAUCAAUGCAAAACCUGAAGGAGAUGUUAAAAAACUACUCCCCGUGUCCCCAUUUAAUCUUCGUACUUUCCAUUUCAAUCUGUCCCCAAAGAAUCUUCAUUUUUUUCCUUCAAGGAAACUGGGCGGUUCAUAUUAUUUCCAGUCCCUUCUAAAUAAAUUUCAAUCCUACAACUUUAUUUUCUUAAACUACACGCAAAGUCAAACAAAGAACAAUCAAAAGUCAUUAUUUUUCAGUCUUUCCCAUAUACUUUCCCAGGCAGUUAGUUCUCUAGGUUCAUAUUAAUGAUCUCAUAAAAUGUUUAAACAAGAACUAAUGUAAAUACCUGCACUCAUCCCAUCGAAUUGCUUCUGUUGUAAAUACCUGCACUCAUCCCAUCCGUACAACCAGAUUCACCAUCAAGCUCAGCUGCAAAGAAAAUUGCAAAACACAGGGUCAAUCCUGAAGCAUGACAAUUGGUGCAAGGGGAUUGGAUAAAGCUGGAUUCCAGGAUUUUGAUAUUGAAAUUGAAAAUAUGCAAAGUGAGCUUCAAGAAUUGAGGAGUUUCAAAGCAGCUGAGAAUAAGGAAUUGGAAAGGGAAAAAAAUAAAAUGAAAAAUUGUUUGAUUGUUGUAUUGUCUUGUAUUUUCAUUAAUGUAGUGUGUGUACUUUUUUAGUUAAUUUGUAUUUUUAGUAUUUGUUAAACUCACUGGAGUGCAAAUAGGAUUAGUUAAAUCCUAAAAAUGAGUUACACUAGUCAUAAAAUGCAAAUAAGCU